ACGCACAGCGCCGCUGCCGCACACGGAGCGACACUGAGCGACUCUGACUGACUUUGGAUUUUUGUGGUUUCGGGGAGCAGCGUGGGGAGUGAAAACAGGGAGAAAGAGCCGGAAAGCAGAGAUUUAAGUCGGUUUGGAACAGCGGAAUGGCGGACCGGGACCCGGUGCCGCUUCCAGCGGAGGUGCGGGCCAAACUGGCCGAGCUGGAGCUGGAGUUAUCGGAGGGUGACAUCACACAGAAGGGCUAUGAGAAGAAGCGAUCCAAGCUGAUUGGAGCAUACUUACCUCAAGCACCAGGAAUGGAUCCGUCCAUGGGCCAGGAGAGGAGAGCGCCUGUCACCCCGUCGUCGUCCUCCCGCUACCACCGCCGGCGGUCUUCUGGCUCCAGAGACGAACGUUACAGAUCAGAUGUGCACACAGAGGCGGUGCAGGCAGCCCUGGCAAAGCACAAAGAAAGAAAGAUGGCGGUGCCGAUGCCUUCGAAGCGGCGGUCGCUUGUUGUCCAGACCUCCAUGGACGCCUACACACCUCCAGACACCUCCUCGGGCUCGGAGGGCGAAGGUCAGGGGGAUGGAGAUGAAGAAGAAGGAGGAGAAGGUGAAGAAGAAGAUGGAGGAGGUGGCGGAGGAACCUCCUCCAGCCAGGAGGGGAGUAUAAGCAUGGAGCACUGGAUCAGCCGGGCCAUCCACGGCACCUCCUCCACCACCACCACCACCUCGUCUACAGCCUCCUCCUCGUCUUCGUCCACGCGCAGCGGCGGGAGCGGGGCAGCGGGCGGCAGGCUGGCUGACGUGCUGGCCCAGCAUGUUCACAUCUCCUCUGCACACCACCACCACCGCCACCACCAUCACCACCACCACCACCACCACCACAGUAAAGAGAACCACUCUGCCCCUCCAGAUGUCACCGGCUACACCAACAACACCACCGCCAGUGACGGCAUCCAGGUGGAGAGAGCCCCAGGCACCGGCACCGCAGCCCAGAGACAGACACCCAAGUACGGCAAUGCUGAGCUGAUGGAGACCGGAGAUGGUGUUCCAGUCAGCAGCAGAGUUUCAGCCAAAAUACAACAACUUGUCAACACGCUGAAGAGACCCAAACGGCCGCCACUGAGAGAGUUUUUCGUUGAUGACUUUGAAGAGCUUUUGGAGGUCCAACAGCCAGACCCUAACCAGCCCAAGGCUGAAGGGGCACAGAUGGUGCCCAUGCGGGGUGAGCAGCUGGGCGUGGUGACCAACUGGCCCCCCUCUCUGGAGGCAGCUCUUCAGAGGUGGGGCACCAUCUCUCCGAAGGCCCCAUGUCUGACCACCAUGGAUACCAACGGCAAGCCUCUCUACGUGCUCACAUACGGUAAACUGUGGUCCAGAAGUGUGAAGUUGGCCUACAACCUGCUGCACAAACUGGGAACCAAACAAGAGCCGCUCGUCAGGCCUGGAGACCGGGUGGCGCUAGUUUUCCCUAACAACGACCCUGCUUCCUUCAUGACGGCCUUUUACGGCUGCCUGCUGGCCGAGGUGGUUCCUGUGCCCAUAGAGGUCCCACUGACCAGGAAGGAUGCUGGCAGUCAGCAGAUCGGGUUUCUGUUGGGGAGCUGUGGAGUGACUGUGGCUCUGACCAGUGACGCCUGCCAUAAAGGGUUACCCAAGAGUCCCACUGGAGAGAUCCCACAGUUUAAAGGUUGGCCGAAGGUGAUGUGGUUCGUCACAGAGUCCAAACACCUCUCCAAACCGCCCCGAGACUGGUUCCCACCUAUCAAAGAAGCCAACCAGGACACCGCCUACAUCGAGUAUAAGACGUGUAAGGACGGCAGCGUCCUCGGUGUGACGGUGAUGAGGAUAGCGAUGCUCACACACUGCCAGGCCCUCACGCAGUCCUGCUCAUACACAGAAGCUGAGACCAUAGUGAAUGUACUAGACUUCAAGAAGGAUGUAGGGCUGUGGCACGCCAUCCAGACAAGUGUGAUGAACAUGAUGCACGUCAUCAGUAUUCCCUACGCCCUCAUGAAGGUCAACCCGCUGUCCUGGAUCCAAAAAGUCUGCCAGUACAAAGCUAAGGUAGCCUGUGUAAAGUCGCGGGACAUGCACUGGGCUCUGGUGGCCCACCGGGAUCAGCGAGACGUCAAUCUGAGCUCCCUGCGCAUGCUGGUGGUGGCCGACGGUUCGAAUCCCUGGUCGAUCUCGUCUUGCGACGCCUUCCUCAACGUCUUCCAGACGAAAGGUUUGAAGCCGGAGGUCAUCUGCCCGUGUGCCAGCUCCCCCGAGGCUCUGACUGUAGCCAUACGGAGGCCGCUGGAGGAGGGCAGCACCCCUCCAGGUCGCGGCAUCCUGUCCAUGCAGGGUCUGAGUCACGGCGUGAUCCGGGUCGACUCGGAAGAGAAACUGUCGGUGCUCACGCUGCAGGACGUCGGGUCUGUCAUGCCCGGAGCUCUGAUGUGCGUGGUGAGGCUCGAGGGUCUCCCCCAGCUCUGUAAAACAGACGAGAUCGGAGAACUGUGCAUUUGCACGGUUGCCACGGGGACCUCCUAUUAUGGCCUGUCCGGCAUGACCAAGAACACCUUCGAGGUGUUCCCCGUGUCCAACAACGGGACUCCCAUCGGUGAGUUUCCCUUCACCAGGACCGGCCUGCUGGGGUUCAUCGGACCUGCGGGCCUGAUCUUUGUUGCUGGGAAGAUGGAUGGUCUGAUGGUGGUCGGGGGGCGUCGGCACAACGCCGAUGACAUUGUCGCCACGGCGCUGGCUGUGGAGCCCAUGAAGUUCGUGUACAGGGGGCGGAUAGCAGUGUUUUCCAUCACGGUACUCCACGAUGAGAGGAUCGUGGUUGUGGCUGAGCAGCGGCCGGACUCGACCGAGGAGGACAGCUUUCAGUGGAUGAGUCGAGUUCUGCAGGCAAUAGAUGGCAUCCACCAGGUGGGGGUGUACUGCCUGGCUCUGGUGCCCUCCAACACUCUGCCCAAGACUCCUCUGGGUGGCAUCCACCUGUCCGAGACCAAGCAGCUCUUCCUGGAGGGGGCGCUGCACCCCUGCAACGUGCUCAUGUGUCCGCACACCUGCGUAACCAACCUGCCCAAACCCCGACAGAAGCAGCCAGAAAUCGGUCCUGCGUCUGUGAUGGUCGGGAAUCUGGUGUCGGGGAAGAGGAUCGCUCAGGCCAGCGGCAGGGAUCUGGGUCAGAUCGAAGACAAUGACCAGGCAAGGAAGUUCCUCUUCCUGUCUGAGGUGUUACAGUGGAGAGCUCAGACCACUCCAGACCACAUCCUGUACACACUCCUCAACUCCAGGGGCACGAUAGCCAGCUCUCUGACUUGUGUUCAGCUGCACAAGAGAGCAGAGAAGAUCGCCGCCAUGCUGGCUGAACGGGGCCACCUGCAGGACGGAGACCACGUCGCACUGGUCUACCCUCCAGGGAUCGACCUCAUUGUGGCGUUUUAUGGCUGCCUUUACGCCGGCUGUGUGCCAAUCACGGUGCGACCGCCUCACCCGCAAAACAUCGCCACCACGCUGCCCACCGUCAAGAUGAUCGUGGAGGUGAGCCGGUCGGUGUGUGUGAUGACCACACAGGUCAUCUCUAAACUGCUGAGGUCCAAAGAAGCCUCCGCGGCCGUGGACGUCCGGACCUGGCCCCCCGUCAUGGACACAGAUGAUUUGCCAAAGAAGAAACCUCCUCUGCUGUAUAAACCGUCCAACCCCGACACCCUGGCCUACCUGGACUUCAGCGUCUCCACCACUGGCAUGCUCGCUGGAGUCAAAAUGUCUCACACAGCCACCAGUGCCUUCUGCCGCUCCAUCAAGCUGCAGUGUGAGCUUUACCCGUCCAGAGAGGUCGCCAUCUGCUUGGACCCGUACUGUGGCCUGGGCUUUGUCCUCUGGUGCCUUUGCAGUGUGUACUCAGGUCACCAGUCCAUCCUGAUCCCUCCGUCCGAGCUGGAAGUGAACCCGGCUCUCUGGCUGUCAGCCGUCAGUCAGUACAAAGUUCGCGACACUUUCUGCUCCUACAGCGUCAUGGAGCUCUGCACCAAAGGCCUCGGCCUGCAGACGGACUCGCUGAAGUCUCGAGGGCUGGACUUGUCUCGAGUGAGGACAUGUGUGGUUGUAGCAGAGGAGCGUCCCAGGAUAGCCCUCACACAGUCCUUCUCCAAACUCUUCAAGGAUCUGGGACUCCACCCCCGAGCUGUCAGCACCUCCUUUGGCUGCAGAGUCAACCUGGCAAUUUGCCUGCAGCCUCACAGGCUGGGAAAGCUUGCCGACCAGGGCACCUCAGGACCCGACCCAACAACUGUUUAUGUUGAUAUGAGGGCGCUACGACAUGACAGGGUCAGACUUGUAGAGAGGGGGUCACCACACAGCCUUCCACUGAUGGAGUCCGGGAAGAUCCUUCCGGGGGUCCGAAUCAUCAUCGCCAACCCAGAGACCAAGGGACCAAUGGGAGAGUCGCAUCUAGGAGAGAUCUGGGUGCACAGCGGCCACAACGCCAGCGGUUACUUCACCGUCUACGGCGACGAGGCGCUGCAGUCCGACCAUUUCAACUCCAGGCUCAGCUUCGGAGACACACAGACCGUCUGGGCUCGGACCGGAUACCUGGGCUUCCUGCGCAGGACCGAGCUCACCGACGCCAGCGGAGAGCGCCAUGAUGCCCUGUACGUGGUCGGUGCUCUGGAGGAAGCCAUGGAACUGAGAGGGAUGCGUUACCACCCCAUCGACAUCGAGACCUCCGUCGUCAGGACGCACAAGAGCAUCACAGAGUGCGCGGUGUUCACGUGGACCAACCUGCUGGUGGUGGUGGUGGAGCUGGACGGCUCGGAGCAGGAAGCCCUGGAUCUGGUCCCCCUGGUCACCAACGUGGUGCUGGAGGAGCACUACCUGAUCGUGGGCGUGGUGGUGGUGGUCGACAUCGGCGUCAUCCCCAUCAAUUCCCGAGGAGAGAAGCAGAGGAUGCACCUGCGCGACGGCUUCCUGGCCGACCAGCUGGACCCAAUCUACGUGGCCUACAAUAUGUAGCGCCACCUAGUGGCUGGAGAAUUAUGUCGGAGGAUGCAAAGACAUUCUGUUCCUGAGACUGAAGGAAGGAAAAGCGGAGCCGAGGCUAAGUUUCUGGCACAAGGGGAGAAGGUAGUCGGCUUUUCUUGCCCUGAAUUUCAUCUCUUGGGCAGUGCUUGCUCCCAGGCUGGGCAGUGCUUGCUCCCAGGCUGUGUACUGCUGCAAACCAGCUCCCAGAAUUGAGUGCUGGCAUUUAGAUUCAGGUCGUACUCAGUCUGAGAGGAAGUGCAUUCACCUCCGUCGGUGCAGAAAGACCCCAGUUUACCGAAAAGUGGCAAUCCUGCAGCAGUAGAGGACAAUCGUUAGCAAAGGUCCCGGCUUUUAAAACGUGUGGCUCACUCUAUAUUUUCAUGUUAAGCAUUUGCUUUUGUUUAUUUUUAAACAUAUCCUCGAAUAGUUAAGGCUAUUUUUUGAAAAGGAUAUUUACAUACACACACAAAGAGAAAAAUCAUAUCAACCAUUACAAAGUGGAGCAUAUGUUUUGAUACACGGGCGGCUUCUGAGGGGAGCGUAUCGCAGCUGUCUGCCGGUUUUACGAUGAGGUACGUUUCUUUAUGUUUUUUUUCUUUUCUUUUUGGGAAAUGUUUUCUGCCCCGUCUCAGUGGAAAGUCAUCGUGCUAAUUUUCAUAUACUAACAGCUGCAGCCUUUAACUCCGUUUAUUUUUCCGUACAAGCAGCUUCAGCUGAAGCAGAACAAUACAUAAAUUCAUAUCAUGUAAGUAUGUAAAAAAAAAAGAAACUGAUUUAAUUUAUUUUGUUUCUCUGUUAGAAGUAUAUGACGAGACAUUCAAGAAUGUUUUGCUCUUGAAUAUUUGCUAAUAUUACAAAAAAAAAAGCGCAUUGUAUUAUCUUGAGUGAAACAGACUCACAUCAAGCCUAUUAUGGAAAAUAGAAAUAUAUGAUUAUAGAUUAUAUUAAAGAUGAGUGUGAGGAUUAAUCCCAGAUGAAAGCAGUUUGACGCGCGGCGCCGUAUGUCUGAAAUGUGUCAAAAGGAAAGUUAUGAAGUGAGGAGGAGUUUUAUUCCAGCUUUCAGGUGAAGAGUUCUGAUCCCGUUUGUGCGCUUUUGUUUGAAAUCCCUAAAAAACACUUUCUCUAAUAACACACAGACGUGUAGUGGCGCUCGCUCGUAGAGGACAGUAAAACUUUGCCUCACCAGAAAUGCAAACAGUUUCCAGUUUAAGAGUUAUUAUGAAUCAGUUUUUAAUUUUAUUUUAUUAUUUCCACCUCAACCACAAGAAUAACUGUUUGCCUACAAGGUGAUGGAGCGUACUUGUGCCUGUGCUGUCGCGAUAUCGCACCGAAAAAUCAUCGUAAUCACAAUAUCUGUAUAACAUUUGAAAAGCCGAUGUUAAUAAAUAACAAAUUAAUCUAACUUUUUGUGUCAUAACAAAAACAACAACAAAAAAAACUUGUUUACACUCUUCCCGACUCUCACAUUAGCUGAUCUGAGAGCGCCGUUAACAGGGACGUUGCAGAGCGCCCUCUGGUGGACAAACUAUGUAACAUUAACACUCCACAUGGAUGAAGGGCGUUUCUCCUGCCUCCUCUUUACUUUAUUUCAUUUAUCAGUGUUUAUAAAUGCUCAUGACAGAUCAGCAAAUAGAUUAUAUUAAUAUUGGCCCACCGACAGAUCGGUCAGGCUCUAAUCUGUUAAACAUUUUUAUCUUGACCAACAUUGACUAAAGAGAUGGUACGAGACAUUCAAGCUGUUAAAAUGAUUAAAAAAUUAUAUAUGAGCUGAUAUUAAAAAUCGUAUCAGUCGUGCUACAUGUCUGUGUAGAUUCUCAGUCAUCCAGGUCAUAGUAGUCUCUGGAGCUUGAAAAAGGCGACUGGACUUCUUUUUCGUGCUACAAAUUUUGAAACAUUUCUUCAGAUGGAAACUAUUCAGUACAAAGUUGUAAUAAGAGUUGGGAAUUAAAAAGUAAAACAUGAUACGAUACUAGCACAUUAAAGCGUCUCUGUGAUAUACUGCAAGUCAGUCAUCUGUAAUACAUCACUUUACCCUCAUUUAUAAGCACAACCACGAGGAAUUAUGAAGUAGUGACUGACCUGAGAACCUGUUUAAAGCAUUUAAUGCUUUAUUAAAAAUAUCGAUAUUUGGCACCAGUCGCAGACGCAGCCUUACUUAAUCACUUCAGUUUGUAACUAAAGAUCACAUGACUAAUGCAGUGCAAUGAACCAGCAUCUCCAAUCUCACAUCCUAUGAACCUGAGAGGAGACUCAGUGACAUCUAGUGGUGAUCAGGGGGAAUUACAACAGGCUUGUUUUUAGUGGUGUUGGCGUCACUUUGGAUCUGAACUCAUCACGUGUCACAUUUCUCUGGGAACAAAUAGGAAUGUCUCUCUCACUUUCCAAACUCUGAGCUGGAAUAAAAAUCCUUCCUCCAGACGGACCGUCAGCAUCACUCAGACUUGUUUUAACACCUCCGGCUGGGAAAAGGUGAAUCAACAAAGUGGCAGUUGUAAAUAUCAAAGUGGGAAGUCCUUCAUAUUUUUACACGGACAGAUCAAUCAGGGCUCAUACAGUGAUGUCACAACAGGAAGAAAGGUGUUUUACCAGAGACCCUUUAACUCAUUAGAGCUGUGGGGAGGUCAAAGGUCAGGGCGGGAUGGCCUGUAGUCUGAUUUGAGGUCAACCUUUUUCAUCUUUGGCUGAGAAUGUUCUACUUUUUUUUUUUUUAAAGAAAAAAAAAAAGCACUUUCUUCACAGUUUUUCUUUUAUCAGUAAAAUGUAUG